AUUAACACUAAAAAGCAAAAGAUAAAAUGAUCAGAAAUACAACAUUUAUGCACAGUUUUAAUUUAUUUUAAAAUGAGCAGGAUAUCAAAAAAGAUGGUUAAACAUAGAUGGCCAUCUAUUGGAAGUGCAUUGAUUGUGUAUUUCUUCUCAACAGGGAUUUGGACUGUAUGAUUCUCGUGGUUGCUUCCAUCUCUAUUUAUGUGAUUUCUAUGUUAUAAUGUACCUUUCCUUUAUUAUUUUUUGCAUAGAGAGGGUGAAAAUUUAAAGUUCUGCCAGUGAUUUUCUAAGCAGUGAAAUCUAGGAAUUUGUGUUCUAGUUUUAGGAAAGCCUAGGGGGGAAAGGACAUAAGGGAAAAUCAGUAAACUCAAACAGUUAGUAAAAACAUGCAUACUAUAAAAUUAAGAAGUUUCAAUCUCCCUCCUUCCAGCCUCCUUUGUAGGUCAUGAGAGUCUGUAGAAGAAAACUGGACCACUGAGAAUAAGGAAAACAGAAAGUGGUUCUCAGAAAAUCUGCCACGGAUUGACUCUGAAAGGAAAGUGAAAGAGACAGGCACUCUGCCUAUAACUCAACUAUUACCAUUGCAAAGAGAUAAUGCAAAGCAGAGGCAAAUUAAUUGUUCCCAGAGGCUAAAACGUAAGCAAAGGGAAUCCAGAUAUGAGAAAGAGCGAUGCCAUGGGUAAGAAGUAGAAUUUUUAAGCUUUUUGAGAUAAUGUUUGUUGUGAGGUCAACACUGGAUUUUCAUGGGUCAAGUUACCUGUAUUGGGAGCUCCAAGUUAGGAAUUCUUGUCUUUGGUUCUGUAUCUUGCUUUCCUGCUAAAGAUCAAUGCCUCUCGAUUGGACCACAAUUCUUGGUUCACAUUUUCAAGCCUUUGGAUAUAGUUUUGGUUUAAGUGUUGAAACCCCUGGAUUUCAGUUUCUUGUUUUAUCCUUUUGGGAUUUUGGAUUUAUAUUCAGAGUUGGUCUAAAGAAUAUCAAGCUUUUUCUUCGUGUACUCUGUGAAUGCACACUAAUGGAGAAGCUGCGCCUGCGCAGGUUCCGACGGAAACUCUUCCAAGCUGAAGUUCAAAUUUUGGCGGUAACCACGCCCCCCCUUCCCAAGGGGCAUAUAAGGCGGCCCCAGGCGCCCGCUCUCCAGUUCCUUUUUUUCCGCCGCAAGGUUCACUUCGGACUCUUCGCAUGUCUACUACUCGUUUCAAGCGUUGCACGCAGUGUGCUGCUAAAAUUCCUGACUCGGACGGCCACGCCAAGUGCCUCUUCUGUCUUGGCGAGGCUCAUGUGGUCAGUACCUGCCGUUUCUGCCUAGCUCUCACAGCUCAGGCCAGAAAAAACAGAGCCGCUAGGCUUAGAGCGGCACUUUACGAAAAAUCUCUCGCGCCAGAACCGACUCCGUCGACGUCGGGUACGUCGUCGUCUUCAGCCCUAAGAGCUAUUUCGGCGCCACCAGCUAAGCCUCCGUCAGCUAAAGCCUCCUCGGUCUCGUCCAGGGCGUCCAGGACCUCCAGGGCCGCUAAGCCGGUCAAGCCACCGUGUACCGUGACGACGGCUACCGUAUCGACCCGCUCCGGAAAGGUGGGGCCUUCCUCGACGUCGAGCUCUUUGGCUUCGGUGACCUCGAUCCGCUCUCGUAUCGGCUCCCCUCCGUCCUCCUCUGCUAUCAAAAUAGCCUUUAAAAGGGCUCACGAGGAGUCUCGUCGAGCGCAAUCUGACUCAGCUGUGGUUCCUCCCACACCUGGCAAGUCCUUGAGGGUUGCAUCCAAGCAACCGCCGACAAAGAAACGGCUGACUCAGCGCUCCUCUUCCUCGGCCUCCUCAAGGAGAGACCAGCCAUCUUCCUCGGCAACCUCCUCGAGAAGAUCCUCUCCAAUUGUGCCAGCACAGAGGCCUAGAGAUGUUUCUCAAUCUCCAUUGCACCCCCUGUCUGACGGGGAGCUGCAGGACUCACCCCACCACUCUACCCAAACGGUGGUCAGGGUGCCGGUGCCGGAGCCCCUUGCGCCGCCUCACUCGUCGCGCCAACAGCUCUUCCCUCCCACCUCGACACCAGAGCGUGGCAGACAAACGGCUCGCCUGGCUCGAGCAGCUCAGGCCUCAGCCUCUAAGGAUCCUCGGCUCCCGACCCUCUCUUCCCGCGAGGCUAUGCCUCCUCCCGAGACUGUGCUUUCUUCUCCCCCUCAGUCCCCCCAAGGGGCUGAGGAGGAAGAUGUUGAUGUUGACCGCCCAGACUCUGUCUUCUCGGCCUCGGUGGUCUCUCUCGGUCUCGACCUCUCUCCUCCCCACGAUGCGUAUGAGGCGGACCCGCCUUCUCCUACUGACAAUAUUCGUGCUUUCUCUGAUCAAAUGGUCAGAAUGGCCGACGCCCUGGGUUUGGAGAUCAAGCAGACUUCCAAAGCAGUGUCUGAUCCAGUUUUCAAAAGGGUGCAGGCCCAAGCUCCGCCGGCCACGCUACUCCCUUUCCUGCCUUAUCUGUUGGACGUUAUCCAGGCCUCCUGGAAAACCCCUUCCUCCAUUCCUCCGACCUCGAAGAGGAUCGAGACUUGGUACCGUACCGACGAUGAUACCUUGGAAUGGCUCAAACACCACCCCGACCCCAACUCCCUGGUCGUUAAGGCCUCUCAAUCCUCAGGUCGUCAGUCGAACACUCCGGCCGACAGAGAAGGGAAGCGCUUCGACGCCGUGGGUCGAAAACUUUACUCCGGAGCCCUUUUGCUUUGCCGCAUGGCGAACUAUGGAGCCUGCAUGGGUGCCUACCAGCAGAUUAUCUGGGAGAAGGCACAGCCCUUCUUCGCUAAGAUGUCGGACGAAGACCGCUCCGUCCUCACUACCCUCCAACAGGAAGCAGACUCGCUUGCUCACCACCAAAUACAAAUGGCGAAACAUACAGGUGAUACUGCGGGCAAGAUGAUUGCCCACGCGAUAUCCAUCCGCCGCCACGCCUGGCUGAGGUCUUCGGGUCUUUCCUCAUCUUCCAGACAGGUCAUUGAGGACCUUCCCUUUGACGCGCUCGGACUAUUUAACUCCGGUACCGAUGACAAACUCAAGUCUAAUCAUGACUUUAAAAUUCUUGCGUCUAAAUGUGGCGACCAACCGCAACCUCAGCGCACCCGCUGGUUCCCGCACCGCUCCCGCCGCUUCCCGCCGCAAUCUUUCAGACACCACUCUUUCAGGCGGCCUUCGGGCUCGAAUAAUCAAACCCAUCACCAACCUCGUCGGGGACCUCAUCCGCAAAAGCAACGCGGUCGAACCACCCCCGCUCCUCCGCAGGCUAACCGGCGUACCUGA